UAGCUGCAGGUCUCCUUUGCAGAGCCGGGCGCUUUCUCUUGAAUCAGCAGCCCGGGAGGCUUUGCUGCCGCUGCAUUGGAAGCAUGGCGCGGGACGGCGGGCUGCUGCUGGCUCUGCGACUCUACAUUACCUUUGUUCUAGCUAGCACUCCCAUCCAGAGCAGCACAGAAUCAGAGCUCACCAACCAUAACAAAACCUCUUCCUGGCCAGAAGGAUAUGAGCAUUGCAGUGUGGAUUCUUUGAGAUGUCAUGAAUGCAUCAUUCCUGGAAACCCUGAAAAAACGGUCAAAUGUGUAGAUUAUGACCCUGGAGAAAAUGAAGAAAAUGAAAUAAACUGUUAUUGCGAUAUCAAUGAGUGCGAAAAGCCUGACAGGUGUGGAAGACAUGCCCGGUGCAACAACACUUAUGGAAGCUACCACUGCAGCUGCAUAGAAGGAUUCCACACCAGCACUGGGAAGAGCACCUUCAAGAAUGCCAAUGAGGUCACAUGCAAUGAUAUUGAUGAGUGUGUCUCAAACCCGUGUGGUGAAGGUGCCGAAUGCAAAAACCACCCAGGGAAAUUUUGGUGCCCAUGCCUACCUGGGUAUAUUAGCUACCCUGAAGUCACCCAUGGCAGUAGAACAAAGAGCAGCUGCAAGCCAUUCUCCUGUUCAGCAUCUUCAAACAGUAACUGUUCAGACAAACAGACGUUCAUCUGCAACUUUACAGCACAGUUGGAUAGCAUCUGCAGUUCAUCAUUGAGUGCACAGAACCAUAGGGAUAAAGAGGAGCUCCUGAAGGAUAUGCUCAAUCUGCUGGAUGAUCGAGUGAGCUCCCCUGCACCAAAGAAUGAAAGCAAGGAGGAAAGACACCGCAGAGCCACUGAACUGAUGAGAGAGGUAGAGUCUUGGCUCAGAUAUUUUGCUGUCACCCGGACCAACAAGCCCAUAAGCAUUGAGACCAGCAGAGGGACAGAAUUGGACAUAGAGAUCAGAACAGCUGGAAACCACAGUCAGCCCACAGCAUUGCUGUCGCAGAAUGGGACGCGAAUGGAGCUAAGCUGGGAUGUUGCAAACAGAGAAAACAAAACCAUCAGUCUGAUAGGCCUACUCUCAUACCAAGGCCUUGGGCCUCUUCUGACUGGAGCUCGUAUUGAUGGGAGUGAAUGGGAGGCAGACCAGCCCACCCAUGGAGUAAUACUGUCCAAAGUGGCAACUGCCUUUGUAGGCCAUGAAGACACCAUGGCCUUGAAUAUCUCUGUGAAUUUUACAUUCAACCACAUGGAAGCUGCAUAUCCUCCCAGUUUCUCCUCUGGCAAAAAGCUUGAACAGAAGCGGAUAUGUGCAUUCUGGAAGCCCGUCAGCGGGGGCUGGUCUACCAAAGGCUGCCAACUCCUGGAAUCCAACGGCAACAGUACCCACUGCCAGUGCAGCCACCUGACCAGCUUCGCUGUGCUUAUGGCCUUCUACGAAGUGGAGGACCAGGAACUGGCUGUCAUCACCAGGAUCGGACUGGCUGUCUCUCUGAUCUUCUUGUUCGUCUCCAUUCUCACCUUCCUGUUUUGUCGCUCCAUCCAAGGCAUCCGCACCACCAUCCACCUUCACCUUUGCCUGACGCUCUUUGCUGCCCAUGCCAUCUUCCUGGUGGGUGCUGGGAACACUGCCAAUAAGACAGCAUGUGCUAUAGUGGCUGGGCUGCUGCACUACUUUUUCCUGUCUGCCUUCUGCUGGAUGUUUCUUGAAGGAGUGGAGCUCUACUUGAUGGUAGUUCAGGUCUUCAGAAUCCACAGUCUCAAGCACUGGCACCAGAUCCUUGUGGGAUAUGGACUCCCAGCAGCCAUUGUGGGAAUUGCAGUGACCAUCGACCAUCGGGGCUAUGGCACCAAACAGUGCUGGCUCUCAAUGGAACGUGGGUUUCUGUGGAGCUUCUUAGCACCUGUCUGCCUCAUCAUCCUGAUCAAUGCCAUUGUGUUUGUAGUUACUAUCUGGAAGCUCACUAAGAAAUUUGCAGACAUCAAUCCUGACAUGAGUCAACUAAAAAAGCAGAAGGUGCUCGUAAUUACAGCAAUUGCUCAGCUCUGUAUUUUGGGCACCACUUGGAUCUUCGGCAUGUUUCAGUUCAGUGAACACAGCCUUGUCAUGUCCUACAUCUUCACCAUCCUCAACAGCUUGCAGGGGUUCUUCAUCUUUGUCCUGCACUGUCUGCUGAAGAAACAGGUGCGCAAUGACUACUGCCGAUUGCUUUGCUGGCACAGAAGUGGCAAACCUCAAAGUGGUGACAAGUAUACAGAGUUCAAUUCUACGGGGACUUUCAGCACAUUACGGCCGCAGAAAUCUCCUCGAGAAUCUGGAAUGUAGCAAUAUCUCCUGAAGUGUGUUCCCAGACUGGAGUUUUGCACAAUAAAUACAUCCCA